GAAAUGCAUUGAAAAGAGUGUUUCACUGAUUGAGUGAACAAUAGAUUGAGUUUUGAUUACAAUUUAUCGGUCAUAACAUCUGAUCCAUUGAUUGCAGUGAUCGCACGGUUUGGCCGCAAAUGGUUUAGUGAUUGACAAGCAUUUGAGCAGACAAUCAACACAAUCAACACAAGCAUCACUUCCUUCGGUCGAUUGAGUGGACAAUUGGUUUGUGUCGCAAACAAUGUCCAAACGCGCCAACGAUAGCCAAUUGCAAGACAAGCAUCAGCUGAAGACACCGAAAAUGGAGUUAGAGUUGUCCGAAGACAUGAUGGAUGAGGACAUCGCCGGUCUGGACGACGACGAGGACGACGAUGAAGAUGACGAAGACAUGGAGGGCGUCAUCACCAUUGAGGGCAUCGAAUUGGACGCCAGUGUCGACCGCGUGAAGGACUGUCUGAAGCAGAAUAAGAUCGAAGUGGAGGACAUCGAUGACUAUGACUUCUAUCUGCAAGACCUGCGUCUGGAGGGCCAGCGAUCGAUCAUAAGUCAGUGCAAUCUCGUGGAGGGCGCCAAACAACAGACCCGUCUCAUCAACAUUAAGCUCGUCUUCGACCCCGACUUCAAACGCGUCAACAUUUUAGACAUUCUUAAACCGCCCGAAACCACAGCCAAGACGUCGGCCAACACUUCCGGCGGCCACUCGAACGCCAACACCAAUAACGGCUUCAAUGCCAACAGUAAUAACAAUAAUGUGAAUCAAAACUCAUUGCAGAGCCCGUCAUCGCAGGCGACCAAACCAUUGCUGCAACCGAAACGACUGAUCGGUGGCAUCAAAACCAAUCAGAACAUCGAGGGUCAGGGCCUGCCUUCGCCGGGCAACCGAACCGGUAAUAACGGUCAGAUCCAGUUGUGGCAGUUCUUACUGGAACUGCUGACAGACGCCGAUCACAGGGAUUGCAUCCAAUGGAUCGGAAGCGAAGGUGAGUUCAAGUUGAAUAACCCGGAAGUGGUGGCCCAGUUGUGGGGUCUCCGCAAGAAUAAGCCGACGAUGAACUACGAGAAGCUGUCGCGAGCGCUCAGGUAUUACUAUGACGGAGAUAUGAUCGCCAAAGUGCACGGCAAGCGCUUCGUCUAUAAGUUUGUCUGCGAUCUGAAGUCACUCAUUGGUUACGACGCCCAAGAACUCGAUCGACUCUCAAAGAUAUUGAUAGACGAGAGUCUGGAGGAGAACAGCGGCGACGACGACGAGGAAGAGGUGAACGAUGAGCACCAAAAGCCAUUGAUUGACUCGGAAUCGGGUCAGACUGAGAGUGUUAUUCCGCUAUCAAUCGGCAAAAUUAAAAUUUUUAAGCCUCGAAGACGUAAACGAUUUCUACUUAAAAAAUAUUUCAAACUUUGUUCCGCUCUUUUGGUGAUAAUCGUAAUUACCGUUUAUUUGCUUCGUUUGAGAGACUCGUUAUAUCUGUCAUCCAAUUCUUUGAUGUCGAGUAAAGGCAGUUGUGAUCGUUUAGAGACCACUUCGGUCUGGAAUCAAACAUUUCCAAUGCUUACCAUUGAAUCCGCUCUAAGACUUGUUGAUAUAAACAAUGAUACAAUUCUUGAUGUCAUCGUCCCAUUCGGAACC